AUGUGGGAGAAGGAAAAAGCGUUUGUACUGGGAUCAGCAAAGAUUCGCCGAUGGACCAAAGAACUUUACAGCAUUUCAACCUCUUCUGAUACAUUUUCAUCAAUUAUCAGUGAUGGAUAUGUACGUGAGGAGGAUGAGCUCAAACCACAUAGCUAG